AUGGCGAAGACUAUGCCGAAGAAGCUGCUGCUAUCGCUGCUGUCGUUGCAGCGGCUGAUAUUGAGGAUAAAGAAGAAGGUGACAGAGGUAAAGCCAUUUGCUUCAAUCUUGUUGGAAGAUCAUUCCAUACCUUGGGCAGAGAAGCCUGCACACUUCUGUCACCUAAAGUGGAAUCGUUUGCAGUCGAAGCCAGUAAGUGCGACAACAAUAACCAACAGGCGUCUUAACCGUUACACUAUCUACCCGCCCUUGAUGUUUUCACCCAUGAAUGAUUCGGAGACCAAAAAAAGAAAAUUAAUUCUUGUGGGCUCGGCCACCGUGCAGCUCAAAAUUGCUUCUCAAUGA